AGAACUGAAUGGGAAUCUUCCGCGCGCCUCUCGACAGUUCGGUCGCGGUACGGUAUUGAACGGAUUCUGCUCGCUGCUGCUGCUCGGUAGCCCGUAACGACAAGAUUGGAGCUCUUUUUUUUUGUUAAAUUCUGUGGCGUGUGAACAAGUUCAUCGUUGAUAAGAAGUGGUCAUUUUGCGGAAAUUGAAGCUCGGCAUCGGAUUGAUCGUGAGUGGAUAUAUUGGCACUCUCUAGUGUAUGCAAAAUGGUUCGGAGGCAGAGUAGUUUACUAGAAAAUGGAUAUGGGCGGAAGGUGACGAUUUUACUGCUAAUGGCGGUCAUCGGAGUGGCAAUGGCUUGUAACGGCGGCUACCGGAUUAAGGUCCGCAAGUUGCAGAACUGUGCCGGCAGUGAUGCCGUCAUUGUAGCUCAGGAAAACUACACCGCAGUACUGACGAAAAACUGCGAAAUAAAAUCCCGAGGUUGCGUCACGUACAAAUCGUUCCGUACCGGCAUCAUCAAAUAUAAAAUCAAAAAGAACGGCGUCCAAAUGGUGCAGGGCCGAAUGGAUCUGUGCGACCAGAUUGCUACCGGAGAUCGCGAUCCUACCAUAGGACCGAUGAUGAGAACAUUGAAUCUGCCCAACAAAUGUCCCGUCGAGGCGGGAACUCUGUGCACGGAUCCAACGCAAGUGCUUAACAUUGAGCAGUACAAGCAGUUCCUUCCUCUGGCGCGGGGAUCGAUUGAAAUAGAAUCAGAUAUUCAACACGACACGGGCAAAAGUUGCUUCCGACUGCACAUUGAUGUCACAAAGUGAUCGAACGAGUUAUGGCUGUGGAGAGGAUUUCAUCAAGUUAUAUUUUUAAUAGGUAUAUCGAUUGCGCUUCCAGUGAAACAGGUUUAAGUAAUUAGAAACAAUAAAUACAAACUGUUACCUCAUUGCAAA